GAAAUCAAACGGCUGUCUCUGCGCAACGCGUGUGCCCUAACAAAACCCUCCUAAACUCAAAUCCCCAAUCUUUUUACAGUCUUUCUUUCUCCCUUUCAUCUCUAACCCAAUUCCACCAUUUUCUUUUCUCUGCUCUACACUCUAUACUUUAUAUAGAGUGUAUAGCAAAAUUUUUUAAAAGAAACCAUAUACCCCAGUUAGAGAAACCCUAGAUUCGCAAAAUGUCGAUGUCCAAGAGCUCCAAGAUGCUCCAAUACAUCAACUAUCGGAUGCGGGUCACCAUUCAGGACGGCCGGCAGCUGGUCGGGAAGUUCAUGGCCUUCGACCGCCAUAUGAAUCUCGUCCUUGGUGAUUGCGAGGAGUUUCGCAAGCUCCCACCUGCUAAGGGCAAGAAGAACAACGAGGAGCGAGAGGACCGCCGUACCCUUGGCCUUGUUCUUCUCCGGGGUGAAGAGGUCAUUUCCAUGACUGUUGAAGGUCCUCCUCCUCCUGAAGAGUCACGCGCCAAGGCUGUCUCUGCUACUGCUAUUGCUGGUCCUGGAAUUGGUCGUGCAGCUGGUCGUGGAAUACCUACUGCUCCUCUUGUUCAGGCUCAGCCUGGUCUUGCUGGUCCGGUUCGUGGUGUUGGUGGACCUGCACCUGGUAUGAUGCAGCCGCAGCUCUCUCGUCCUCCGCAUCCACAACUUUCUGCUCCGCCUAUGACUUAUCCAGCACAGGGUCCGCCUGGUAGCGCCCCGCCUGUUAUAAGGCCUCCUGGUCAGAUGCCUCCUCCGCCUUAUCCUGGGCAGGCUCCACCAAUGGGUCGGGGUCCACCUCCAAAUGUUCCACCUCAGUUUGCAGCUCGACCACCACAACAGGGGUACCCCAUGCCACCACCGCAGUUUGGACAGAGACCAAUGGGAAUGCCACCACAGCCGCAAGCGCCCAUGAUGAGAGGACCUCCGGCUCCGCCAAGACCUGGAAUGCAAAACCAGCCCCCUCGUCCUGUAAUGCCUCCUCCACCUGGUGGUGUCCCUGUUUAUGGACCGCCUCGUCCGGGCGGUAUGCCACCUCCUCCCAAUCCUCAACAGCAGCAGCAGAAUCAGCAACAGCAAUGAAUAGUUCCAGGCUGAUUGCAGUUUUGUGAAGAAAGUUAUUGGAUGGCGUUUGUAGAACGAAUUGUCUCAAGCGGUGAUGUCUUUAUUUGCAUUUUGCCAUCUAAUUUCGAGUUCUCUAGUGUUUUGAACUAAUGUGUAUCCCUCUGCUAUUGUAGCUAUAGGAUUUUUUAAUGCUGUAAUGAUACUAAAAGUUAUGUUGCUAAGCAUGUCUUACCAAAAAUUACAUUAGCACAUAUGAUCACUAGACACAAAUUCUUGUAGUGCAGCAUUUUAAUUGAACUUAUCUGCAAGAAAAUAUUUAGAAUUUUGUAUUGGCUUA